UUAGCACCAACCGACAGGCUUGGACCCCCGUCAUUCCUGGACACGCCAAGGGCUCCUCCUCAGAGAACUACCUCUCCUGUCCUGUGCUGUGCUGUACCCAAUAUUGUGAGACUGGAGGAAUAGUUUGAUACAUGGAGAAGAGUAGAGGCUGUUUGGAUGGAAGGUGUCAUGGGGAGACAGAAGGAUGGAUGGAUAUGCAGCUUGAGAGAUCAAUGCUACUGAACUGAGCUAGUGUGGGGACCAUGGUUAUGUUGAAGAUCUCUGCUUUCCUUGUUGCCUAUGCCCUGGUCAUUUGCCAGAUGUACAGCUCACAAGCAGCCCCCGCCAGAACGGGCAUAGAGUCCAUGACAGACCAAGUCGCGCUCACGGACUACGAGGCACGGAGGUUACUCAACGCCAUAGUCAAGGAGUUUGUGCAGAUGACAACUGAAGAGCUGGAGCAGCAAGUGAAUGAAGGCAAUAGCAUUGAAAGACCCCUAACCAAGCGCUGCUCCAACCUCAGCACCUGCAUGCUGGGCAAACUGUCCCAGGACCUGCACAAAUUACAAACGUUCCCCCGCACAGACGUGGGCGCGGGCACGCCUGGCAAGAAACGCAGCGCGCCCGAGAGCGAACGCUAUGCAAGCUCCGGGGAGACACAUGACAGCAUCUAACCCUUCGCCCUCCUCCUGUUCCCACUCUUUUUCACUUUUCAUUUUAACGUCCUCCUGGUUCUAAAUCUCCGUGCAUGUCAAUUUUGCCUGCUUGAUUGACAUUAGAGCGGAUCUCCCAUCGCAACGCCCCCGUGAUUUUCUUCCUUCUUCUUUUGAUAAUUCCUUUCCCCUUUCGGCAGAGAAUGACGUUGUAUCUGUUUAGACAAUCGAAAUGAGAACUUAUCUAAAUUAUUUUUAUACCAGGAAGACUUUUACUUUUUAUUCUUAAGAAAUGUAAUGUUAGUACUUAUUUAUUGUAUGGAACUUUGACUUUUCCAACAACUGCAUUCAAUAUUUUUUGAAUUGCAAUAUAGAAUAAAUCAUAGUUAUAAUAGCAGUUCCAAUAUCCUUGAACUGUCUCUAAAACCCUCACCAAGUCUCAAGGUAAGAAUUAUGACCAACUGAACCAUUCUAAUGAUCGAACAUUUCCAGAGACUAUAUUAAUCCUCUGUCUACUUUUAUGUGUGUGUGUGUGUGUGUGUAAUAGUGCACUUGUGUAGGUCAUCUGUGUGUGUGCUUGAAUAUGUGUAUGUUUGUGAGUGUCUGGCAUGAGUGUGAACACAAAUGUGUAUUGUAUGUGUACGAUGUGCGGAGCAGGGCUCACCAUUAACCCCCGUCUC